UGUAUUUGUUAUGAAUAUGGAAUGUACCGGUAUCCUGAAUUCUUAGGAAACCGGACAGUAUUCAGGCUGGUAUGGACGUCCUGAGUCUGGAGCACGAGGUGGGCGCCUGGGACUCCGUGCUCCUCGAUCCUCUGACCGAAGACAGCUUCAUCGCCAACCUGCACAUGCGCUACAAGCGGGACCACAUAUACACGUACAUCGGUAACGUGCUGGUGUCGGUGAACCCGUACAAGAAGCUGGCGCUCUACUCUCCAGACGUGGCCAGGGCGUACCUCUGCCACGGACCCCACCAGCUGCCGCCGCACGUGUACGCGUCGGCAGCGUGCGCGUACCGCUUCCUGCGCGACCGCCACGAGGACCAGUGCGUGGUGGUGUCGGGCGAGAGCGGCGCGGGCAAGACGGAGGCGGCGCGCCUCGUGCUGGCCUUCCUGGCGGCGGCGACGGCGGCGGCGGCGGCAGCCUCCGCGGCGGCCAUCAGGGAGAGGCUAGUCCAGUCGGCGCCGCUGCUCGAAGCAUUUGGAAAUGCUAAAACGUAUAGGAAUGAUAACUCUUCGAGAUUCGGUAAAUAUCUUGACAUAGAGUUUGACUACAAAGGUGAUCCUCUUGGAGGGACCAUUACAAACUACCUCUUGGAAAAGUCGCGCGUCACGAGUCAUGCUCCUGGAGAGCGAAACUUCCAUAUUUUCUAUCAGCUACUUACGGGAGCUGACAUUCACCUGCUCAAACAGCUGAAGCUGCAACGCAACCUGGAUAAUUACAGCUUCUUACGCAACAGCAACAAUCGCUGCCACGGUCCUGACAGUAUAGACGAUCGACACGAUUUCCAAGUCACCAGGAGAGCUAUGGAUACGCUGGGGUUCAUGCAGGACGAGGUGAUGAGUGUCUUCAAGAUUGUUGCUUCCGUACUGAAGCUAGGCAACAUCACUUUUGUGCCAACGAAUAAUAUUGAUGGCACAGAAGGCUGUACUGUAAACAAUGAUUAUGAGCUGUACGAUGUGUGCGAACUGCUCGGAACGGAGCAGGGCACACUGCAGACGGCCCUCACAUCACGGACGCUGCUGCCGGGGACGGUUUCCGGCACAGACGACGGUGAGGAGCCCGUCACGGCAGAGCUCAGUGCCGGCGAAGCGACACACGCCCGGGACGCACUCUGCAAGGCACUCUACAGCCGCCUCUUCACGUGGCUCGUUACUAGGAUCAAUGACAGCACAAAGGUGAAAAGAUACGGACGGAGAAAAGUUCUCGGUAUCCUCGAUGUGUACGGAUUUGAAGUUUUUGACAAAAAUGGGUUCGAGCAGCUGAUCAUCAACUUCUGCAAUGAGAAACUGCACCAAGUGGUUGUAGAGAUGGCGUUACGGGAAGAGCAGGAGGAGUAUGUCCGGGAAGGACUCGAGUGGACACACAUCGACUUCUUCAACAAUUCCGCCAUCUGCAGCCUCAUAGAGAAGAACAGCCACGGGCUACUAUCCCUGUUAGACGAAGAGGGCCUGCGGACGGACGAGCAGUUCCUCAGCCGUCUAUCUCAGGGGCCAGCGGGGCAACGACCCGAACUCCUGGCCACGGCUUCCAACUCCGGCAACAAUCUGCCACCAAACUGCUUCAGGCUGAAGCACUUUGCUGGCACCGUAACGUACAAUGUAACAGGUUUUGUGGAAAAGAAUAAUGAUAUUCUUCCACGGGACUUGUCGCAGUCCAUGUACCGCUGUGAACAUCCGCUGUUGAAGACCUUGUUUCCUGAAGGAAAUCCAAAGAGGUCGACACUGAAGAGGCCGGCAAGUACGGGAGCACAAUUCAAAAUCUCACUGAGUGCCUUGGUGCGGUCCGUGACGAGCAAAACACCGCACUAUGUCCGCUGUGUCAAGCCCAACGAGCUGAAGCAGCCUCGCAUCUUCGAGAUGGCCCUGGUGGCGCACCAGGUCAGGUACCUAGGGCUCGUGGAAACGGUGAGAGUGCGACGAGCGGGUUUCUGCCACCGGCAGACAUACUCGUCGUUCCUGAGCCGCUACCACAUGCUAUCUCCCCACACCUGGCCACAUUGGGCGGGGACCCCCGUGGAGGGUGUCAGCUACCUCGUGCGCGAUCUGCCCAUUCCGAGUGGAGAGUUUGCUUUCGGACGAACAAAAAUCUUUGUUCGUAGUCCUCGAUCGAUAUACGAACUGGAAGAGUUUCGACUUGUUCGUUUGGAGGACUUGGCAGUACUCAUCCAGAAAGUUUGGCGUGGUUAUCGCGAUCGGCAGUUGUUUCUCUUAAAGCGUCGGAGCCAAAUCAUCAUCGCCUCUGCUUGGAAGAGUUGGAGGGCGAGAGAAGAGUAUCGCAUUUUGAAAAGGCGGAAGCAGAUUGAGUGGGCAGUCUCUGUUAUACAAAGGCACUAUGUCUGUUGGAAGAGAAGACAAUUUCUGCUGCGCCUUUCUCGUCUUCUCCCUCCUGAAAGCGAAUCUCCUACCUACCGAGACUGGCCUCCCUGCCCACGCCGCCUUGCCGACACGUCUCUGUUGCUCCGAAGGUUGCACCACAAGUGGAGGUGUCACAAGUACCGCCUUAAAUUCGAUCAGACAGCUCGGAAUCGUAUGAGGGAAAAAGUAACGGCCAGCAUCAUCUUCAAAGAACGGAAAGCAUCGUAUCCCCGCAGUGUAUCCCAUCCUUUCCUGGGUGAUUAUGUGCGUCUGAGGCAAAAUGUGCAGUGGAAGAAGACGUGUGUAGAAACGAAUGAUCAGUAUGUUGUCUUUGCUGACAUUAUCAACAAGAUAACCCGAUCUAGUGGGAAGUUUGUGCCAAUCCUGUUUGUGCUGUCAACGAGCUCAAUGCUGAUUCUAGACCAGCGGACGCUACAGAUUAAGUACCGAGUGCCUGCCGCUGAGAUCUACCGGCUGUCCCUGAGUCCCUACAUCGACGAUGUGGCAGUCUUCCACGUGCGAGCAAGUAGCGUAUUGAGCCCCAGUUCUGAUGCGAGCCACCAGAACAUCCCAGGAUGCCUGUUUCAGAGCGACCUCGGGAAGAAGAAAGGUGACUUCAUCUUCCAGACAGGCCACGUCAUCGAAAUUGUGACAAAGCUAUUCCUCGUCAUCCAGAAUGCUGUCGGGAAACCCCCAGAGGUCAACAUCAGUACUGAGUUUGAAGCAAACUUUGGCCAGCAGACUGUAUUAUUCACCUUCAAGUGCCUGGGGAUGCCCGAGGUCCCCCCGGGACAGAUCAGAAUAGUGCGUAAAGCCAACAAGAUGGAGGUGCUGCUCUGA